AUGUUAUUCCCGUUCUUCGUACUCUUACUCUUCCCUCUGGUAAAGGCUGUAACAACUCCAGCAAACGUAAACGCUACUGCUUCAUUUCGCCGUCCCUCUAUCGUCGCAGCAAAAAAUGUCAGUUUCCAGAAACUGAAUGGAGGUAAAAAAAGGAGUUUGGACGCUGUCAAACAUAAACAUUUCAAAGGUCUUGCGCUUUUCUCUAAUAGUCCAGGCCUCUGGCCAAAUGCAGAUGUGCCAUAUGAACUGCAGCAUGCAGCAUAUUUUACCUCUCGUGAUCUACAAGUUAUCCGGUAUGCGAUGAAUGCAUUUCACAAACAUACAUGCAUAAGAUUCCGAGAGCGAACAGCAGGCGAUAUGUACUACUUGGCAAUCUCUAGAAGACCUGAAUGGUGUACUAGCAGCGUCGGUCGGGACCUAAAUCAUCGGACAUAUGAGGGCAAGUUCAUUACGGAAUUGAAUAUGGACCCUGCUUGCUUUCAUGGAUCAGCUAUGAUUCAUGAAUUAAUGCAUAGUAUCGGAUUUCAUCACGAACAUCAAAGAGAGGACCGCGAUCCACGCGCUAAUGAACGUGAUCCAGAUCCCUCUCGCGAUUAUUGGAAUCGGCACAUUAUCUCGAGAGCUGAGGCGCAAUACAUGGGUGAAUACGAUUCAGAUUCCAUUAUGCACUACCCUUUCUCUAACUUCAAACCCCACAUGCGACCAUACUUCACGCAAUCUGAUGUCAAUAACAUCAACAUAUUGUAUAAGUGCCCGGAGAAUGAAAACAGUAUCAUCAAGGAAAGUGACGUUUUGAAUAGUUCCGAAUGGAAUACUAUAUCGGGAAUGAACGCCGUUGGAGCGAACACCAAUAGUGGAGGUUUUGGGAUGAAUGCUGCAAGGGAAACUGCCUUGAGUUCCAAUGGGGGUACCAUGAGGAGCGAUGACCCCGGAGUUACCGGGUAUAUCCCUGGGAGAGAUGCCACGCAGACGAAUGACGAUACCGCCUUGACUAAUGCUCCUGAGAUAAGCCGUAGGAAUGGCGAAAGGGAGAAUGCCGAGUUGGAUGACAAUAGUCCCAACAGAAGGGAUGAUCCCGGAAUUACCAGGAACAUCCCUGGGAGAGAUGCCACGCAGACGAAUGACGAUACCGCCUUGACUAAUGCUCCUGAGAUAAGCCGUAGGAAUGGCGAAAGGGAGAAUGCUGAGUUGGGUCCCAAUAGUCCCAACAGAAGGAUUACCAGGAAUACUCCGAGGGGAGAUGCCACACAGACGAAUGACGAUACCGCCUUGACUAAUGCUUCUGAGAUGAGCCGAGAUAUGCCAUGCCCUGGACUAAUGCUUUCAAAGGAAAUGCAAGAAUUGCACCAAGGGGGUAUGCCGCUAAAUGGAGUGCCAGCAGUCCCACCAGAGGAAAUUUUCCUGCCAUUGCGACGAAUAGAGAUUUUAGAAGGAUGA